AUGGGUUGUUGCGCCUCACGCACGAGCGACGAUAGUCCGCCUGCUGUCCACGCGCAUUCUUCGUCGCGCAACAUCACGGCGCCUUCGACGCGACCAAGCUCAAUUCCUUCACCACGCGCCUCCCAUGCCUCGCAGGGAAAUGUCCACCCACCACGCGCGGAUAAUCGCCCAAACACCCCGCUGAAGCCCAUCCCUUCUGCUCAGCGCUCGCGCCUGCCUAAUACGCUCGCUUCCAUCACCACCAAGACCAGCAGCCGUGUCAAACCUCUAACGGACUCCACAAACCUGACAUGGACGCGAUCGCGACUGGAGAAGGAGCGUGGGGACUGGUGGGACACACAAGUCACUGGUUCGGAGCAGAUAUGGCGCGCUGUACGCCUCGUGGCGCACUAUCUACAGGCUGGGGAGCUGCAAGAGGCUCAGACGAUGCUGGAUGCCAAUGAUUGCACCUGUCCAACGGGACUACUUUGGCGAGGCGUAUACGAUCCGACUGGUGUCCAAUACAAAAUUCCCGAAUGGGUGGUUGUUGAACCAGAGGGACUGGCAGAAGAAGAUGAUAUGGACGACAAGGACGUGGCUAGAGAUGCCGGCUCCAGUGCUAUCCAGGAGACGUUGGACGACCCGGUCGACGACGAUUCCAACGGCCUCAUACGUGUGCGAAUAAGGACGAGCCAUGACCAGAAGGAUGUUCCGGUCGUAAUUCGGAUGCGAGACACUGUCGCAAUCAUCAUUGAGAAGUUGAAGCAGCAAGCAAAGCUGGAUUCCACCGUCAAAGUCCGCCUCGCCUACGGUGGGCGCGUCUACCAAGACACCGAGACGUUGGAAUCUCAUUCUUACUGGGACUUUGCUAAUAACUUCGUCAUCACCGGGCUUGUAUUUAUCGUUUGA